GGCCUCCGCUGCCCUCUGCUGGACAGUACGCACACUGCUCUGCCGGUGGUACUGUGGAGCCGACGUUAGGUUACAUCUGAUGGACGGACUGCGGAGGGAGGAUGGAGGUUGCAUCGCUGUGAGUCGUUCGUAAUGAACCCGUUUGACGGCUCCGUUUCUCCCCGGCAUGAGGAGGCGGAGGACGCGGCGGCGGAAGGCCGGUGCCCGUGGGCCCGGUUCUCCUCCUGGUUGGAGUGCGUGUGUGUCGUUACCUUCGACCUCGAGCUCGGACAAGCCAUAGAGCUGGUUUAUCCUCAAGAUGUGAAACUUACUGAAAAGGAGAAAACCAGCAUCUGUUACCUGUCCUUCCCUGACUCCUACUCAGGGAGCCUUGGGGACACUCAGUUCAGCUUCCGGAUGCGUCAGUCUGUUGGUCGUCGAGGUUCAAGGUUCAGAGAUGAUAUUUACAACAGAGACGCCCCUGUCACACUGCAGAGAGAAGUGUCCCAUUUCUGUGGUUACGUCUAUUUCCGGCAGGUGAAGGACGUCUCAGUGAAGAGAGGAUACUUUCAGAAGUCUCUGGUGCUACUCUCCAGGCUACCGUACACUCACAUGUUCCACAUGCUGCUGCAGAUCAUCGCACCAGAGUACUUUGAAAAGCUAGAGCCCUGCUUAGAAGCAGUGUGUAACGAGAUUGACCAGUGGCCUUCACCAGAACCUGGACUCACCCUCAACCUGCCUGUGAUGGGUGUGGUCUUACAGGUGAGGAUUCCAUCAAAAACAGACAAACCUGGAGGAAGCCCACUGAGACAGACAGCCAAAGAGAACCUUCUGCCGGCUCCCACGGUGCUGCCGACCAUCCACGAGCUCGACCUGUUCAAGUGUUUCCAGUCGAUGCUGAUCCACCUGCAGAUGCUGUGGGAGCUGGUGCUGCUCGGGGAGCCGCUGGUCAUCAUGGCACCUUCACCUACCAUCUCUUCAGAGACAGUGCUUGCUCUCAUCAGCUCCAUCUGUCCUCUGAAGUUCUGCUCUGACUUCCGUCCAUACUUCACCAUUCAUGACAGCGAGUUCCGAGAGUACACAACCCGAACCCAAGCCCCACCUAACGUGGUUCUGGGAGUAACCAAUCCAUUCUUCAUUAAGACGUUUCAGACUUGGCCUCACAUCAUCAGACUGGGCGAGACCAAGAUGGCAGGUGACUUACCCAAGCAAAUUAAAGUGAAGAAACUGGCCAAACUGAAAACACUUGACACUAAACCAGGAAUCUACACAGCAUACAAGACAUUUCUACACAAAGAUAAAAUUCUUAUUAAAAGACUGCUAAAGGGGAUUCAGAGAAAGAGACCGUCGGAGGUGCAAAGUGCCAUCUUGAGGAGACACCUGUUAGAGCUCACACAGAGCUUCAUCAUCCCACUGGAGCGGUACAUGGCGAGCCUUAUGCCGCUGCAGCGAUCAGUGACGCCAUGGAAGACUCCUCCUCAGAUUCGUCCAUUCAGUCAGGAUGAGUUCAUGGCCACCCUGGACCACAGCGGUCCUCAGCUCACCUCAGUGCUCAAAGGGGAUUGGAUGGGCCUGUACAGGAAAUUCUUUAGGUCUCCAAACUUUGACGGCUGGUAUCGUCACCGACACAGAGAGAUGGUUCAGAAACUGGAGUGUCUUCACCUGGAGGUCAUCUGUGAUGCUGAUCUUCUGGGCUGGACCAAAGACAAGUCUGAGGUGGAAAUUGUAGACCUGGUCCUGAAGCUUAGAGAGAAACUGAUUAAAGCUCAGCGGCAGCAGCUACAGGUCAAAGAUGGAGUUAUGGACAAACUGGACGCUUUUAUAAAGUCCAUCAUCAGCUCCCUGCCUGACGACCUGCAGACUGUCCUCAGUACACACUAACACACAGUGACACCCACUUUAUAAAAGUGGAUUCGUAUUCCUGCAUCUAGGCUACGAUGUAGCCUGCAGUGUAUUUAACAACCUGGUAAAACGUAACUACGGAUUUGAUGGCGAUAACACAUUGGUACUUUGGGCUGAUUAAUUUUUGUCCUACAGUUUUCUGCAGCCACUGGAUGGUGUGAAUGAUGAAAAUAACAAAGAUAUUUAAGAAACAAACUUAAACCAUUGCAGUGCAUAUUGAUACAAUUGACAUAAUGUUGUCAGUGAUCCGAUGAAACCUCAGUUCUGCUGUGUGCAAAACGCCUUUACUCUGAAAUGUGGGUUUCAGGCCUGUGCUGUGAUUGCCACUAUGAAUGAAUGAAUGAAUGUAAAACACAGCGACUGUACAGUGGAGAUGUGAAGGAAUCAUCAGAAGUUACAGUAUAUAACCACAGUUCUGAGAGUGUGUGCAUAGCCCAUCAUCAUCUUGUACCAUAAGACUGAGCAGCUGCUGUGGACUAUUAAAGCACAACAUGGUUUGAUCAUGUGCUGUGCGAGCUUCUGUGGCUGCAGACAAAAACCUACACGGCAUUUACUCCUGUUCACCACUGGCAUCAAACCUAAACCAAGCUUAAUAAAAACAGGAACACAAUGGCAUACAGUUACACU